ACUGUCUGUCCUCCUCGUGGUUCGUUCGGCUGUGGUUCCCUGCGUGCGUCCAUAGCUUCUUCUUCCAUGCUGUGCUGUGCUGCAAAGCCAGUCCAGUAGAAAGCAAAGCCGUCGGGGGUUUUCUUCACCCUCCAGAUGCCUGCGGGGUAUCCCUCUCUCUAUCCCUCUCUCAGUGUGUAUGUGUGUGUGCUUGUGUGUAUGUGUGUGUUUGAGAAAGAGUGUGUGAGAUGGGUUGACAGGGCUGCGAAGGUCGGCAACUCACGCCGUGAGGCAAGGCCUCAACUCUGCAGGGGGUGAGUGACGUCGUCAACGAUGGCUGGAUGUGUCCCCACCACACCUACUCGCUCCAUGCCUUCCUCUUGCCGCAAAUACUUCCUUUGACCGUCUCCAUUUACCCUGAUUUAGCUUCGCUCAGCUCAUUCUUCGCUGCUCGGCGAAUCUCUUCACUCCCUGGACUUGCAGCCCACACUUCGAACGACGACGACCGCCAUCACUGCUACGAACUAACAGAAGGGUAAAUCUGAACGGACGAACUUGUACCGAUUGUGUUAAAAUCGAAGAUCGCAGUGCUGGUAUGUGCCAAGUUACGCGCCACUUGCUUCGAUUUUCCCAUUUAGUUUUGUUCUUUAGCCGUUCCAGGUAGACAUUGUGUCUCCUAAAGUCGCUUCUCUGAAAGUGUGGAGGUUGCGCUGCUGGGUGGGAUGUGAGGCGAAAUUUAGCUGGAACGAACGGGGUCUGGUUAGCUUAGUCGUCUGUUCACCGCGUGUAGGCGGGCUCUGCCAAGGGAAAUAUUUCUUUGUGAUGCAUACCGACAUAUAGGGUCUAGUGAGGGUGUUGAUUGGUUUGUGAAACCAGUAGUUAGAGAUUUGUGCGAGGUAGGCGCACGCACCUGUUGGAGGAGUUUCAUCUAGAUGUUAGUUUGUGUUUUCGCGUCGUGGAGGAGGGAGGCGUCGUGAUUCGGAGGCGCAACGACCACGCCGCUGAUUCAGGGUUUGGUCAAAUGGAUGCAUUCGGAUUGUUCCAAGAGUUGUUUUUCGGCGAAGAGGCUCUGUGUUAGCGUGAUGCUCAGUGGGAGAAAUUGGAGGUAGCAACGCAUUAAAAGAUGGCGAACAGUCCAAUCAGUUCUCUGGAACCUAGGGUGGUUGUGGGCCUUGAUUUUGGAACCACGUACUCCGGGUUUGCCUUCGCACAUGUUACGGACCCAGAGAAGAUUUAUGCGCACUUUGACUAUCCCAAGGCAACCGGGGAAAAGCAUUACUGCAAAACUGUAACGGCUUGCUACUACAAAAAAAGAGCUGACGGUGUGGGCGGUUGGAAAUUUAAGUCAUGGGGUUAUCCUGCUCGUGCAGAGUACGAGAAAGAUAUUCUCACAGUGCGCAGACAUCGCUCGAGUGAUCCAAACGAGGAUCCAUCACAACCUACAAUUGGGCAAUUCUUUGUUAGAUUCAAGCUUCACCUAGCAUCACCGUCAUCCGCACCAAAGCUCCCAGACUGGCUUAAGGUGGAUGUACUGAUUACAGAUUACUUGCGUGAAAUGGGAGGUCUCAUCCUCAGGACCUUACAAGAUCAUUACGGAGCUGGAUUGACGAAGGAGGCGAUCCAGUGGUGCAUAACAGUUCCGUCCAUUUGGGAUCUUUCUGCUAAGGCAGUGAUGAAAAACUGCAUGGUAAAUGCGGGUUUGGUAGGUGGGAUUGAUGGGAGUCCCCACCCACUUGUUAUGGUCCUGGAGCCGGAGGCCGCGUCAUUUCAUUGUCACAAAGUCAUGAGUCAAGAGUUUCUUGAAGUUGGGGACAAGCUCCUGGUAGCAGACAUCGGCGGCGGCACCUCUGAUAUUGUUGUGCAGGAGGUUAUCUCUGUGGGUAGUAAUUACAGAGUGAAGGAAGUGACUACCAGCUCGGGGGGCUUGUGCGGCGGCACAUACGUGGAUGCGCGAUUCAUGGAGUUUAUGCACAGAACUAUUGGGCCAUGCUUUAGGGAGUGUUUAGAUAGACACCCAAAUGUUCAGGUUGCUUUGAUGAAGUCGUGGGAAACUGCCAAGUCUAGCUUCGGUGAUCCUGCAACUAGAGAAGAAACCAUCGAUCUCAAUCUCCCAACAAGGUUAGUGGCACUGUGGGAGGCCUACGACCAGACGUUGGGUAAUCCUGAAAGAGAAUCAUACGACGAAUUAGAGAUCACAUACAAGCAGAUGCAAUCAAUAUUUGAUCCCGUAGUAAAAGAGAAUUUGAGGCUCAUUUCUCGUCAGUUGGAUCAAGUGGGCACGGUGAAGAUGCUUGUAGUGGUAGGAGGGUUUGCAGCAUCUCCUUACCUUAUGGAAAACAUCAAACGGAAGUUCUCAGGCGUAGUACCGCACAUUCUUAGCCCCCCAAACCCAGGAAGUGCAGUAUGUCAGGGUGCUGUUGCAUUGGCUUUGAACCCUGAUACUAUCGAAUCUAGAGUAUGUAAGAGAACAUAUGGUUUUAGUUGUACGUAUAAGUUCGAAAGAGGAGUGGAUCCACCUGAAUACAUGAAAGUUGUCGACGGAGUAGAGAAAUGCAGAAGGCGGUUUCAAAUCUUCGUGCGAAAGGGUGACAAGGUUAGAGUGGACAGUUGCAUCAGCAGGAUACAACGACCAGUAACCCGAGGUCAGAAAAGUAUAAGGUUUCAGCUUUUCAGCAGUGAUGAAAUUGAGCCGAGAUACGCUCUAGGGCAUUCUGUUAAGAAAGAAGGUGAAAUCGUGAUCGACAUAUCGAGGGACAUGCAGAAGGACAAGGGUCGUGAAGUGAAGCUCUCUUUGUUUUUUGGGAGAUCCUCUCUAGAAAUCAAGGCCGAAGCUGUGAACUUCAUGAUGGAAGGACCUCAGCAACAUUUAGAGCUUCCAGUGGAAGUUGAUUACUGUGGUGCGAGCUCUCCUGUACACCUCGAGACGUUCAAAACCUUUUAAGUUUUAUUUUCUCCACGUUGAGAGUGAACUUCAUAGCUCACAAGCUGGGUUCAGUUCUCAUGAGGAGAAAGGGCCCGUAGUGAAGACAUCUUUUUAAACCAUGCACAGUUCUGGUGGACAUAGGCCAUGUACAUUACUUUUAGCUAGGAAAUUGCAUAGAAUGCAGCUAGUGUCUGUCUGGCAGGUGAAACUCUGAGUGGUUCAGUCGGUUAUUGAUGCGAUGAAUUUGGUUCAUAAUUAUUGUAUUAUAAUCAUCGAGUGAAAUCUCUAGAACGUUUUGCUCACACGCUUCUUUCAAGCCUA